UGCUCUUCUCCCCCUUGGCCCCUUCCUAUAUAGCCGGAGCGAUGUCAGCAGCAGCCAGACUCGCACGCCAUACCCCUCCUCCCUGCUCCUGCUCCCGCCCCCGCUCGCCGCCGCCGGUGUUCCCCUUCCUCCUCCCAGCGAGGCCAUUAUUCGAAAAUGGGUGACUCAAGUGUGAGCAAUGGCCAUGGCGCUGUCACACGGGUGCUGUUUUGUGGCCCAUAUUGGCCUGCUGCUACUAAUUACACCAGAGAGUAUCUGCAGGACUAUCCAUUCAUUCAGGUUGAUGAAGUAGGUCUUGAGCAGGUACCUGAUGUUAUUCAAAACUAUAAUUUAUGUGUAGUAAAAAAUCGGCGUAUAGAUUCAGAUAUCAUUGCCAAGGCAACUCAGAUGAAGAUUAUAAUGCAGUAUGGUGUUGGGUUAGAAGGUGUUGAUGUAAAUGCUGCUACAGAACACAAAAUUAAAGUUGCACGGAUACCUGGAAGUACGACAGGAAACGCGGUCUCUUGUGCAGAAAUGGCAAUCUAUCUUACUCUGGGCAUUCUGCGUAAGCAGGCCUGCAAGUUCUGUCUAAACACAAAAAUUCCAAGUGGAACUUUUGGUCGGAAAUUUGCAGCAAUUAUGAAGGAGAUGGAUACUGCUGUGAAUCGGAGAGACCUUGGCCUUCCAGUUGGAGAAACAUUAUUUGGCAAAACAGUCCUUGUCCUAGGAUUUGGAGCCAUUGGUGUUGAAGUUGCCAAGAGGCUAAGACCCUUUAAAGUAAAGGUUCUUGCUACCAAAAGAAAUUGGACAUCAGACACAUUGCCAUGUGAUGUUGAUGAGAUUGUUGACAAGAAAGGUGGUCCAGAAGAUAUGUAUGAUUUUGCUGGAGAAGCUAACAUUGUUAUAACAUGCAUGGCCUUGAACAACGAAACAGCUGGAAUUGUGGAUCACAAGUUCAUUUCGUCAAUGAAAAAGGGAUCAUAUCUGAUCAACAUUGCGAGAGGACGCCUACUGGACUACAAUGCUGUGUUUGAUCACCUCAAAUCAGGUCAUUUAGCUGGUUUGGGCAUUGAUGUUGCUUGGAUGGAGCCAUUUGAUCCAGAGGAUCCUAUUCUGAAAUUCCCAAAUGUUAUUAUAACACCACAUGUGGCUGGAGUCACCGAAUACUCUUACAGAACGAUGGCAAAGUCUGUUGGUGACACUGCCCUCCAGCUUCAUUCAGGGGAGCCGUUCACGGGAAUAGAAUUUGUCAACUGAAUAUUAGCUAUUGACUUCAGAUGAGAACUGCUGUUUCUGUUGGGAAUAAUGAAUGGGCAACUUGUAGGAACAUGCAACUGGAUGCUGUUUCCCUUAAGAUUUUAUCGCAGUAGAUAUGAUAUCCAGACAAAUAAUAAAUAUAACAUAUUUUUGACAGAAAGUCUGGUACCUGGUUAUGAUAUCCAGACAAAUAAUAAACAUAACAUAUCUUUAGCUGCUUA